UUUUCUGAGCUUUCUCUCUCUCUUCAAUGGAGGUGGUGGAGCUUGCACUAUAGACACCCAAUCAGGAUUCACACAUCAAGAUUUUGUGUCCAUAAUUUCCUCUGUUCUACUGAAUAUUGUCGUCAUGAAGAAAGAAAACAAUGUAACCAGGAACGUUGGAGACCUCCCUCGUCGAUUGACUCGAGCUCAAGCUGCUGCAUUUCUUGCAUCUGGGCAAUUGCCUCCUUCAAAGGGGGUUUCACAACAAAAAGAGAAGCAGCUUGUAAAAGGCAAUCCAAAAAGAGCAGUUUCGGAUAAUGCAUGCCUUCCACGUAAAAAGAGGGCUGCUCUUCAGGAUGUGUCUAACAUUUUCUGUGAAACUAAAGGCAAGGGCUGUUUGAAUGCACCUAAAAUUCAGUCUAAGAAAGGCAAGCUGGAUAAGGCUGGUCCAAGUGGUGUUUCCAAAGUACUUAAAGAGAAGAGUUUGCCCCACUCAGGGCUUAGCUAUAGUAAUAUGUUGGAUCCCGGCAUAUCAUAA